CUCAUCUCUUUCCAUUUCCUUUCUCUUCACUUUCCAAGAAAUCCCUAAUUUUGCAUCCCUUUUCCCUUCUCAAAUCCAAUCUUUUUGAAACCCUAUUCAUCCAAACUCUGUGAGAGAGAGAGAGAGAGAGAGAGAGAGAUAUAUGGGAAACUGCUAUCCAAAACCUGUUAAUAAUCUCUCAAGCACCAAUAAUUCAUCCGCAGUUUUUCGCAGUGAUGUCAAAAAGAAAGAACCCAUGAUCGUAAAACAUCCAUCCACGGCGGCUGAAGGUGGUAGUGACUCUGGUAGCGCCGCUAAUGCUUCCGGAGAAACAGUACCACCGAGUGGGAGAAUAGUGACACCAAACUUAAAGAUGUUCACGUUCUAUGAGCUCAAAAGCGCAACCAGAAACUUCCGGCCGGACACCAUGCUCGGCGAAGGUGGUUUUGGGAGGGUUUUCAAAGGGUGGGUGGACGGUGAAACAUACGCGCCGUCGAAGGUCGGUAUUGGGAUCGCCGUCGCCGUCAAGAAAUCAAAUCCGGACAGCGCUCAGGGCCUUAAGGAGUGGCAGGCAGAGGUGAAAUUUUUGGGAAAAUUCAGCCACCCAAAUCUUGUAAAACUCAUAGGAUACUGUUGGGAAGAUAGAGAAUUCCUUCUCGUAUAUGAAUAUAUGCAGAAGGGUAGUCUUGAAAAUCAUCUUUUUAAAAAAGGUGCAGAACCAAUUCCAUGGAAUACAAGAAUUAAAAUUGCAAUUGGAGCAGCACAAGGCCUAGCUUUUUUACAUACCACAGAAAAAACCGUUAUUUAUAGAGAUUUUAAAUCCUCGAACAUUUUAUUGGACGGGGAGUUUAAUGCAAAACUUUCGGAUUUUGGAUUAGCAAAGUUAGGUCCCGCAAAUGGCGAGUCUCACGUCUCUACUGGAGUUGUUGGCACUUACGGUUAUGCUGCUCCAGAAUACAUAGCCACUGGUCAUUUAUAUGUUAAGAGUGAUGUCUACGGUUUUGGAGUGGUAUUACUGGAAAUAAUCACUGGUUUGCGUGUACUCGACACUAAUCGACCAAGCUCACAACAUAAUUUGGUGGACUGGGCUCGACCUUCAUUGCCAGAUAGAAGGAAACUAAGGAAAAUCAUAGACCCGCGUCUAGAACAAGACUACCCUUCAAAAGGAGCCAAUAAAGCAUCCGAACUCAUCUUGAGUUGUCUUGAACCAGACCCGAAAAACCGACCUUCUAUGGAAGAAGUUGUUGUCAUCUUAGAAGAGAUCAGUGCUAUCAAAACAAAACCAAAGGAAACAAAUGUCAGAACACCCAGGUCUACGGGCCCACAUAGUGAUCGUCGUUAUCAGUCAACGAACCAAUCUCCAUUCAAUGCAAGGAAUGGUAGAGGAGUUCGGGCUGAUAACCGAUCACCAAUAAGAUCGUAUUGACAGAAAAAGACAAUGAACUUUCUUUGUGGAGCACCCAUGAAAACAAACCUCUCAAAAUGUCUAGUACAACUCCAACAUGAAUAUGCAAGAGGCCCAUUGAAAAGAAGGCCCAAUGAAAGGACCCACUUAGAGGUGGUAUUUACGGCGGAAGAGUAGAGAUUUGUGAAUGGUCAAAUAUCUUUGUAUGUUUAUAUAUUUUGAUUGUAG